AUGGCAACGCGAGGUCCCUCACCUGAAUAUUCCUCCUCGUCUGACGAAGCUAGCCAACAGCCCGAUUCCACCUCUGUUGAGAAUCACGGUCACACUGACCAGCAUUUCCAUUCAGAGCAUAUUGCUAGAUUUCGAACCGGAGAUACUGUCUGGCUCAAGUCAGGAAAAGCAGAAGAUCUUCAGCUUGUCAUUACUGCGAUAGGUCAAAAUGAAGCAAGAAAAGGAUUCGAAUAUCAACUGUUACAGGAUGGUAACCCUUAUAACAGCGGAGAAUGGGUCAAGCAGGCAGAACUGGAUACGCUUUUUGACCAGACUGGCACUUCCGCGGGGAGCCGUCUGUCAAUGCAGGACACACCGUUCUCGCAAACACCAGUUGAAAUUUUAGCAUCAGCAGACAUUCAGGAUCCGCACUCAACCUCAACUCCCGGCAACUCUCUGCCGUCUUUUAUCUUGGACAUUGAGUCUGAGAAGCCGCACAGUGCGGAGCAUUUCUCUGCCCUCGAUUUAGUUUCGCGCGGUACGGACGAUGUUACACUUGAGGAUAGUGAGCUUGAGUCUUCAGUCAAUCUUUCAAAAAACGUCAGUGACUCGCCACCUCCGCCGCUUCGACCGCCAACUGGUCACAUUACUGGAUCGUCUUUUGGGCAUGAAGGCAGUAUCUAUCGUAAUUCUAGUGAUUCGAAUCACGUCCCUUCGUGGGAACGCGCCAGAUUGAGCAUGCGUGAGGGCGGGUUUGAGGCCAAUAGCCGAACAGAACCUAUUACGACAACUCAGGAAAACAUUCCACAACGACAAGUUGCUAGUGAUAUAUGCACAAAUAAUUUCAGGAACGAACGACAUGAUAGUUCUUCAGUCAACUCUGAUGUUUCUGAAGACAGUGUGGACACGGCUGCCGUGAAACCAAGCUACGAAGGCUUUAUAGCACAUAUUCGACGGUUGCAUCCCAACAUGAACUCUCAACAUGACGGGCUCGUCAGUCGAAUUGCUCGCCAACAAGUGAUACGAUAUAAUAAUCUGUUGAAUUUGCAAGUUCAGCAUCGCGAAGCUGUUUUGAAUUGCAGCUGUCUUUCUGGGGAGUACUGCGUUUCAGCAAACAGCAACACAGUAACUCCAAGCACAAAAUACAGACAAGGAGAGCUUGAUCAUGUCCAAUCGGCCGUUCACAUCACCUCGAAUGUUGUCAACGAGAAUCCUGACUCGAAGCGAGGGAUGGUGUUCCAGGGCGCGCUUCCUUUCGGCAUCCUUCUACCGCGUAGUCGUAGCUUACCAGCCGAGGUUGAAUGUCAGUUCUGCUUUAAAGUAAACAGGUUGCAAAGGGCAUCUGACUGGACUAAGCAUGUCCAUGACGAUCUUCAGCCAUUCACUUGUAGUUGGGAGAAUUGUGAUGAUACGAAAGCAUUCAAACGAAAGACGGACUGGAUUCGCCAUGAAAACGAGAAGCACAGGCAAUUGGAGUGGUGGACAUGUUCCUUUGAAGAUUGCAAGCACAUAAGCUACCGAGAAGACAACUUUCUACAGCAUCUUCUUAGAAAGCAUGAGUUUUGUGAAUCCGACAAACCGAAAAUUCCUAGUGGGAGUGGUCAUCUUACAGAUCCCACCUGGGCUACGGUGGAGGCUUGUCACCACGAAACGACAGCGAGUACUAAAGAUGAGCCUUGCAAGUUCUGCGGAAUUGUUCUCUCAACUUCGAAAAAGCUAAGCACUCAUCUUGCAAACCAUAUGGAGCGGAUAGCUAUUUAUGCUCUUCAGCUCUUGCAAAUGGCGAAUAUCGACACAAAACCCAUAGGCGAUCCGACUGUUCGGACUCGAUAUGAAGGCUCUGUUUUUGGAAGCGCAUUGAAAGCGUCAAUCGGUCUUACUCCUGGCAUUGAGAUUCCUCGAGCUCCAACAACUAUCAGCGAUGUGCGUCUCCCGAAGCAUGCACGUUCCUAUCCUGGAGAGGCGGGACCUUUAUCUUAUGGGCGUCAUUUAGAAUCGGCUAGCGGCGAUCACUCGUUCAAUCCAAGGCAGCUUGAAGCAUCCACAAUCCCCGUUUCACAGCCUGGAAAUCCCUCUUUUCCCCCUGAAUCAUACCAGCCCUUUGAUCCUUCUCGGGAUCCCGCUCCAGAUAGUAGUGUUUCUUCUUCGACCAGUUUGUUAGAACAGGAAUUCAACACUGUCGCUGGACUAGAACAGAAUCCUGCUCGUUCUAGUCUUGAUGAUAGUGCAACGCAACAAGAUCUGAAAUCGACAUUCUCAGACUUCAUACCUAAGCCAACAUCAUCGCGAUCAACCUUAGUAAAAGGGGCUGCCUUUGAUUUUGAAAAUUCAAAUUUAUUGUCAGACCAAUACCGUGAUUCGCCGUCAACUUCUUUCGGGUAUCCAGAAUUUUCGUCGACGAAAGGCAGUAGAGCGCCGUUAACUGGAAAUGCAAAGUGGGAUGCGAAGAAAUAUAGGAAAGUAAGAUCGUGUGAUCCAGAAAAAUGUCCAGAUAACGCUUUCUACGUCGCUCAGAAAUCCGAUUUCACUCUCGACACGAGUGAACUUUCCAAUCAUUCUCCCGACAAGAUGAGCUCAUCAGUUACCGAUACCGACGUCAUUGAAUCUGUUUUCACCAAAGAUAGUCAAUCUGAGAUGGCAAACAGUAACGGGUCGGAUUUUAGUGACGCAAAAACAAAUGAUGCUGCUAUCAUCAGCGAAACCAACAAUGAGAACCGCGAGGUAAUGGAUGCAAAUGCCGGAAUUUCUAGUAUAACCGUUCAGGAAGACAGUGACUUUGAUGAGGAGGAGCCUCGACUGGCAAAUCCACGAGCAUAUUUCGAAAAUCUGAAAAGUCUAGAGUCGGAAAUCUAUCAGAACUCAUACUUCUGGUGGGGUUGUAAGCUUGAGAAGUCCUUUGGAGAAUGGGGUCAUUUAAUCAAAGAAACAAGUUCAGCGACUCUGCUACCGCUAGUGGAAUCAUACACCAUCAUUCUAAAGGCCUUCGAAAAUAUCAAGCGGCUACAGCAAAAUGGAUACUGUGAGGAGCAGAUUGAGUUCCUAUGUCAAGACAAUUCGCGUCUAUACGUAGCCAGAAUUGUUAGUAUCGAGAUCUCUGCCAUAGCGGAACUGGUUUCGACAUAUAAGGAGACCCUUGACCACAUAGCGAGCAUCCUGCGGAGAGGUGAAACUUUGAGUUUAGCUGAACUCAUCGACCAGGAGAUAUUGGACUCGACUAGGUUAACAGCAAAAUGCCGCACAGUUGUUUUAGACAGAACUCGAUGGACAGUGACCAGUAAUACCCCUAUUUCCACAAUUGAUCUCUGGAAGAGUGUCGCGGAACUUCUAGAUCUGGUAGUUGUCUCUUAUGCUGGAGCGCAUAUUACAGAACUUAAAAUUUCCGUUAAAAUUUCUGGAAGGAGCGAAUUUCGAAUACCUAGGCCUUAUGUAUAUUCCGAUCGGGGCAUCCGGUCUUUGGCCCUAGCCCCCUGUCUGACGAUGUUCCGAGCUGUGCGGACUCACCUGCGAUGCCUAGAUUCGUUUCUCGGCGGACUAUCAGUGUUAGUGUUCGCGGAGAGUGACUAUCUUACGGGCACCAACCGCCUUUGCUUGUCAACCACCAUAGCAGACUUAGCAAACCUGUGGGGGCCGUGUUGGAAAAUAAUGAGAGAUUCGCAACCUGGGGAAAUACAACAUUUUGAGAUCGGAAAUGGCUUGAUCCUACCGUGGUCACUUAGAGAUAGCUCGGUACAACUGAGCAGCUCAGAAUUGUUUGCGCAUUGGGUAUCAUCUAGGUCAUAUAACGCCGAAAUCGUGGAAAAUGGUCAGAGGGACCUUGCUAGGAAAUAUUUCCUUGACUCGGACGUAAUUCUCAUAGGAGCAGAUGUCAAGACUCAAAGCUUCGUCGUCAACCCUCAAUGCGCACCUUCUAUACAAAAGCUCCGACAGAUUAAGGAUAAACUUAGACAGCAUAAGGCACUUCGAGAGCUUGGUACUGACAGACCCAGAAGGUACCAUGAUUCUCAUGCUGUCCAGAUCACUGCAAGUAUUAUGGGAAUGGUAAGUAUUGCAGAUACAUUGACAUAUAAACGCCGCGCAGGUCAAUCAAUGAAAGAUGUCCUCGUUGAACGGUGGAGAAACGGCUUGCGAAACAUAUCUGAUCUAGAGACUUAUGGCGGUGUCGAGGUAUCAUUGUGUACCCGUAAUGCUCGUAGAAGGAAAAUCCGACAGAUUCUGGCGUCGCAAACAAUGCGUAAAUAUCUGAGAGGCAGCUCCUUCCAGUGGCUAUCUGAUGAUGUUGAAACAAGGUUCUACGAAUCUCUCAAGAGUAAAGAGGCUCAAAGGGCGUUGUGGAAAUCUGAUCCUAGUGUCCGAAAAAAUGUUGGAGACGCUAUUUCAAGAUGUUUAGAGACACUGGAAACCACGGGUGUUGACAAUGAUACAAAAGAGCUGAAUGCACUGUGGGUAGAAACAUUCGACGAUGUGGAUGAUGCGGACGAAGAUUCUGACGAGGAAUUUGGACCUGGCUGUCAAGUUGAGCCAAAUGGUCAAUUAAAUGGCACCAAUGGUACGAAUGGGAUAUUACAAUCGUCCCCUGCGGAAGCCGACGCCCCUGUUGAGGAGUGGAUUGUUACACUUUUUCGUAGCGAGCACACAUGGUCGGGGUUUCUCCAAGAUUCAGAAGAAAUCAUGACAAUGGCUAUCUUCGACACGACUUGUCUAGACUUCAGCGGUACGGAUUACGGUCGGGGUUGUCCCUCCCUACAUCAUCGAUGCAACCAAAAGUGUACCGAACCAUGCUCGUUCCACAUGUGUCCUCGUCCAUCCUCUGGAUUUCCGGUCCUCAAAACAUCUCUCUGGAUCAAUGAAGCCAUCCUCGAUAGCAAGUGCCUCACGCGCUCUGAGGCGGAUGCUAAAGGCAGGUUUGAAUGGAACGCUCGGCAAUCCGGUACUGGUACCAAAUUAUCACUCGGUGAUCAAGGGUCAUUGAAAGUUCUUGCGAAAGCUACAGAGAGUUGUCCGUUGAUUGUGGAGUGGAACGGUGUGACAAGCAAGCUGGGCAAGGAAGUCAAGAACGUUGGCAUCAACAAGACCAUGUUUGGUAAGGGUGCCGUGAUGGAUCAUGGAGAGUAUAUGAAAGGUAGUUGGAGUGGUAAGCCUUUGCCUGUUAUUAUUUUGAGUAAGUCUACCAAGGUUUUGUUUUCAUGA